AUGUCGUCUUCAAGGUGGGUCACAUCGUCCCCGCAGGAACUCGGCACCACGCCAACAGGCCCAGACAGCGCAAAAAGGAUCCGUAUUCAUGCAGAGAAUGGUUCUAGAAUCACCGAGUAUGAAGGGAUCUCCAUUCAAAAGAGCGCGGGGCUGCUCUCAGGUCUCUCCUGUUUUCUCACCUCGUAUCUCUGCGCUCAAGCUACAAUCGUGAACUCUCUCACUAGGAUGGCCAAAGUAUUCAUUGUUGGCGGAACCGGCCAUACCGGCGGUGCUCUGCUAGACCUGAUGCUGCAAAAGCACCCACAGCUCAAAGUCAAGGUUCUAGUCCGCGAUGAGGAUAAAGGAGCGAGGCUGAAGGGUAAAUACCCAACCGUCCAGACCACCGUCGGCGACCUAUCCAGCAGUCAGACCCUGCAAGACGAGGCGCGCAACGCAGACAUCGUCAUCAACGCAGCGCCGGACAUCACGCACCAGGAUGGCAUAGAAGCCAUCCUGUCCGGGCUCAAAGACAACAGUCGGCUGCGAAAAGGCUUUUAUCUCCACCUCUCCGGCGCGGCCACCUUCUACACCAAGGACCCCAACGGCCUCAAAGAGGGCCGCAUCUGGGACGACGUGGCCGAUAUCGACGAGAUCCUCAACCUCGACCAAACCUACACGCAUAUCCCGACCGACAAUGCCGUCCGCUCGGCCAGCGCGGAUGUCUAUGUCGCCAUCAUCUCGCCCGUUGGCAUCGGCGGCAUCAGCCCCUCCCUCGAGCACCCCAUCCCCCUGACAACGGGGCCCCUGCUGAGCACGGCGCGCGCCUUCGGCUCCGGGUUCCAGAUCGCCGGCGGCGAGAACGAGAGCGGCUGGGUGCACGUGCUGGACCUGGCGCGCGCGUUCCUGCUGCUCGUCGACAACGCCCUCGAGGCCCUCGCCGCUGCCGGCGAGACCAGACAGCCCGCCGAGCCGGCCGGGUUCCCGCUCUGGGGCCCCAGGGCGUACUACUUUGUCCGCGCCGAGGACAUCCCCUUCCACGCCCUGCAGGCCGCGCUGGUCCCGCCGCUGCACCGGCUCGGCGUCAUCGCGUCGGACAAGGUCGAGAGCGUCACGCACACCCGCGCCGCGCGGACCUGCCUCGCUGGGAGUGCCGAGUUUGACCCGGACGCGCCGCUGCCGCCGCCCGACUCGUGGGUUAUCCACCUUGCGACCUGGUUUGGGAUCAAUAUGCGGGUGCGGUCUGAGCGGUUGGCGGCGCUUGGGUGGAAGCCGGUUGAGAAGAGCAUCCUUGAGGACUGGGAGGUGGCUAUUCGAGAGUUUCUGAGGAGGGAGGCCGCCACAUAG